AUGGUCUCCCCAUGGAAGGUCCUUCUCAAGCCUUCCUACCUGGGCAUUGUCCUUCUGGCCCUCAGCUUCAGCGUUCAACUUGCAUCUGCCACCUUGUCUUCCAAGCGAUUCGACCUGACACAACCCUCGCAUGAAUACUUCCGCAGCAAACCCCUCGCGGGAGUCAAUGUUCAACAGAGCUUCGCCUUUGACAACACCAACAAGCGCCUCUUCUUCUCCCAGAUCCGCAACGCCGUCCCCGACAAGGAGGGUGACCUGGUCAUCACCCAGGUCGACUACAGCGGCAAGGAUGUCGGCCACAUGUACCUGAACGGCUUCGGGCACGGCGCCUCGCUGGGCGCCGAGGCCAUGGGCGCCGCCACAUACCUCUGGAUGGAAGUCGACGCGGACGCCAAUGGCUACGGGCAGCGCCUGGCACGGUUCAAGUUCACCAACGGGGCCACGCUGGGAUCCAACGACCCCAAGUUGACCAAGUACACGCCGGUCGAGGGCGCCACGCAGCACACGUGCUCCAUCGACACCGUCAACGAGCGCCUGGUCGUCCGCGCCCAGCUCAAGGACGGCAAACAUGUCUCCGUGUAUGACCUGGACAAGGCCAACAAGGGCGACUUCGAGCACCCGAUGGCCAACUUCAAGGAGCCCAAGCUCCCUACCAAGUCCAACACUAUCCAGGGUGUCGCUGCCUACGGCCAGUACAUGUAUAUCCUGACCGGCAACCAGUACGAGAUCACCGACAACCAGAUCAACUCCGAGAUGACCACCGUCGACAUGAACACCGGUGGCAUCGUCCAGGGCCCCCUGAUCACCAGGGCGGGUGCCAAUCUGUCGUACCGCGAGCCUGAGGGCCUCGCCAUCUAUGAGGUGUCGCCGGGCAAGCCUCGUCUGUUUUUGGGAUUCGCCUCGGGCAAGAAGGCCGACCGAGAAGCCAACCUGUUCUACAAGGACACGGACGCCUUGAUUUGA